AUGCUCAGAACCAGUUGCAAGACCUCGCCCGCGAUGCGUAGACUUGCGCUCAGAAGCUCGCGCUCUAUGAUUGCGGUGCGAUCCAAGUCCUCCUCCGCGUCCGUGCAUGUGGAUCCACGGCCCAUUCCUGCCCCAUCUUUCAACAGCUCCGAUCUGAAGAAGCCUUCGCCAUUAUUUUCCGGCUCUCAGAUGGACGACUCCUUCAUCGGACUCACAGGAGGUCAGAUUUUCCACGAGAUGAUGCAAAGACAUGACGUCGACACUGUUUUCGGGUAUCCUGGUGGAGCUAUCUUGCCAGUGUAUGAUGCUAUCUACAACUCUGACAAAUUCAAGUUUGUUCUGCCCCGCCACGAGCAAGGUGCCGGCCACAUGGCCGAGGGUUACGCCAGAGCCUGCGGCAAGCCAGGCGUCGUUUUGGUGACCUCUGGUCCCGGCGCUACUAACGUCAUUACCCCUAUGGCUGACGCUCUUGCAGACGGUGUGCCAAUGGUCGUCUUUACCGGCCAGGUUCCCACCAGUGCCAUUGGAACCGACGCUUUCCAGGAGGCCGACGUGAUUGGAAUCUCCAGAUCGUGCACCAAAUGGAACGUGAUGGUGAAGAGCGUGGCAGAGCUGCCAAGGCGGAUCAAUGAGGCGUUCGAGAUCGCAACCAGCGGCCGUCCUGGUCCUGUUUUGGUCGACCUGCCUAAAGACGUCACUGCUGCCAUCUUGAAGGAAGCCAUUCCGAUUAGCACCACCCUGCCGUCCGAUACCCUCAGCAAGAUCACCCGUGCUGCCGCUACCGAGUUCACCACUCAAUGCAUCCAGCGUGCUGCUGCGCUGGUCAACAAGGCCAAGAAACCAAUUCUGUACGUGGGAGCCGGUAUCUUGAACUCGGAAGACGGCCCUAGAAGACUCAAGGAGCUCGCAGACAAGGCCCAGAUCCCUGUCACUACCACCAUCCAAGCUUUGGGAGCCUUUGACCAGAACGACGAAAAGUCCCUGGACAUGCUUGGAAUGCACGGCUCUGCCGUGGCCAACUCUGCCAUGCAAAAGGCAGACCUUAUUAUUGCUCUUGGUGCCAGAUUCGACGACAGAGUGACUGGAAAUAUCGCCAAGUUCGCUCCUGAGGCCAAGCUGGCUGCUCAACAAAAGAGAGGAGGUAUUAUCCAUUUUGAGAUCUCGCCAAAGAACAUCAACAAGGUUGUCGAGGCUACCGAGGCUAUCGAGGGUGACGUGACCCAAAACUUGGAGCUUUUCAACCAGUUGGUGCAUCCUGUUUCUUCUCGUCCGGAGUGGUUCAAGUACAUUGGGGAGCUCAAGGAAAAGUACCCAUAUGCCUAUCAAAAGGAGACUCCUGGCUCCAAGAUCAAGCCACAAACUCUCAUGCAGGAGAUCUCCAAACAGGCCACCGCUACAGGACGUGACGUUAUUGUCACCACCGGUGUGGGCCAGCACCAGAUGUGGGCUGCCCAGCACUUCACCUGGACCAAACCACGUUCGUUCAUCACCUCUGGAGGUCUCGGAACCAUGGGAUUUGGUUUGCCAUCUGCCAUUGGUGCCCAGAUCGCCAAGCCAGACUCUCUGGUUAUUGACAUUGAUGGAGACGCUUCGUUCAACAUGACCUUGACCGAGCUCUCCGCCGCCGUCCAGGCUAACGCUCCUGUCAAGGUCGUUGUGCUCAACAACGAGGAGCAGGGAAUGGUUACCCAAUGGCAGUCCCUGUUCUACGACUACAGAUACGCUCACACACACCAAACCAACCCAGAUUUUGUGAAACUCGCCGAGGCCAUGGGUCUCAAGGCUUUCAGAGUGACGAAACAGGAAGAGAUGGUGGACGGUGUGAAACAGUUGCUCGAAUACAACGACGGACCAAUCCUCAUGGAGGUGUUUGUGGAAAAGAAGGUGUCUGUGCUCCCAAUGGUGGCAGGAGGUUCUGGUCUGGACGAAUUCAUCUUGUUCGACCCAGAAGCAGAAGCCAAGAGCAACGAGGUCAGAAGCCAGAGAACUGGCGGAAAACAUUAA